CGUGUACAUAGAACGUGAAGUCUCAUCACGUGAUAUGGACGUCUCGCCUCUUAUGUGGUUGCAUUUUUUGUUAUAAAAACAAAUUACGACACUAGUCCACUCCCCAGGGUAUUCUUGUCACUGGUACUGUGAGUUUGCUACUCUAAGCAACAAUCAUGAGGGUCUCCACAAGCAAACUUCAGCAGAUGGCCAUCUACACCACCUUGUUGACUGGUGCUGGCUGCGGCACAAUGUAUUACCUUCUGCAAAAGAACUUCUCGCGGUCGGACUACCACCGUCUAGCCCUGGAGCAGCUGAAAGCCAACCAGACAGCCAUGGACAGUCUGGGAGCACCACCCCUGAAGGUCCACAACAUCCACCUGUCUGACCGACACAACCGGGUGGAACCUUACACUGCUGAGAUCAAAAUCCCAGUGACAGGAUCUAAAGAUGGUGGCUACCUCUACACAUCCUCAGUAAGAGACCCCCAAACACUUGGGUGGAAUUUAACGCAGGCAGUGCUGCAGCUUAGAGAGGGUCAGCGUAUUGACCUUCUCACCUUCACACCACCACCAAAUAAGACAGAAGGACUUGAGACAGGCAACUGGUCCUCCUGAUCUGCUCACCAGUCACCAAAACUACAGUGUGAUGAAGGUAGAACUCCUGCAAUUGUCCCCAUGUCAUCAGGCAUGGGGUCGCCAUAGCUUUAUGAAUUGAAGUGUAGAUAGUCAUAUUUGAAAAAAGCACCAGAGUGCAGUGCUGGACACUUAUUUAGGCAAAAGGGCAUACACAAGCUGCCUCUUGGUUUGGAAUAACCACAGUAAUGUUGAUGAUUUGACCAAUGUUUAUUGAUGCUACUGUGUACAUAACAUUUACAUACAGGGAAAAUGAAAAAAGUGCUAUGUCCAUAAAAUGUCAUGCAUAUUCAUUUUGCUCAGUGCUGUCCUGAGCAAAAUGUUCAUCCUACUUGGGAGAAUGAAAGGACAAUAACAGCGCAGCAAUUGUGUCAUAUGCAGUGGUAAAAAAACAAAACAAAUUCCUAGUAUAAUACAAUGCAUCUUAUAAACAUUUCUCCAGAUUAACAAUGUAAAUUGGCAGUGUUGGGGAAGCUACUCUGAAAAGAGUUUACCAGCCACCAAUUACUUCACACUGGAAGAUGUUAAGUAAACUAUAUUACUCAAUCUGCAAUGUCAUAGAAUACAAAUAGCAAGAACAGAUAACUCUGUAAUAAGAUGUUAACAGAACGUGCAAUUUGUCCUAUUAAUCACAAAAAAAAUGUUGUUUCAGGUGAGAAUUAGCCAGGUCUGAAAAUUAAGGAAAUUCUUGCCUACUUCACCCAUAUUUUAUUUUUGCAAAAAAAGUAGUGUUUCGUUCUAUUAGUUACCUACGACACUAGGUGGCAAUAAAGUAAUUAACUACUGAAAACACUACAAAUAUUUGAAUUUAGUUGAACUACCACAAUGUGCAAAAUGUAGUUUAAUUACUAACUGAACCACAUUUAGUUCAGUACACCCCAACACUGGUAAUUGCUUAGUCCAAAGCCAUAUCAUAAUAUCCAGCACUUGAGAAACAUUUAGGUAAUGGUUCCAGUUGUACUGUACAGUAUCUGAACAACCAGAAAUGUUGUCUCCCAACUCUCAAAAGGAGGUAUUGUUCUAUGUUUUCAGAUUGAUUUAUUUGGAUGUGACAUUUUACAGUGAAAAUGAGAUCUGUAAAACAUGGAAAAUAAACUGGAAAUAAACAGUCAUAUGGCUUUAUACAAGUUAUGAUAGCAAAAUAAAUUGUACUUGUGAAUUCUGAACAUACUGUAUGAACAUUAGGAAAAGAAUGGCAAACAAGCUAAACAUGAACCACAAUAUUAAACAGAAAGUGAAAGAAUGCCACCAAACAAACAACGUCAGGAGUUUAAUUCAUUAAAAGGCAAUGCAGGCAAACAGAGAUAUAGUUUGGCUUGUGGAGUAGAGACAGUGUGGUGUGUGGUAAACAAUAUACAAUCAGUAAAGAGUCCAUCUACAAUAGGAGUGCUCAUACCCAUCUAUCAGAAGGGAACCUGAACCGCUUGGAGACAGCCUUCGCAUCCUGAGACAGUCUCGGGGUCGGGCAUCGUCGUUUUGCAUUAUCCUAUGGUGUAGGCAGCCACUACUAUCAACUCAUAAACAAACAAGAAAAUGCACAUCCAGAGGCUGUGUUCCUAGUGGCCAGUAAUUUUAAUGAAGUGAAACUGAAAUCAGUUUUACCCCAUUUCUACCAGCAUGUCACCUGUGCAACCAGAGGCGACAAAACUCUGGACCACUUUUACUCCAGCCACAGAAAUGCAUACAA